AAAAUGAUCACCUGGGAACUUGGGUCAGUUAAUCUUGACCAUCCCUUUUUCCCUCUCCGUAAAGGCACAUGAUACAUGAAGAAGAAAACUCCACGGACUUCAACGAACGCCAUGGGGAUGGGGGCGUUGAGGCAGUGACGGUCAGAAGCAAGUGGGCAAGAAGUGUAAAGGUCGGCACGGCGCGGUGGUUCACGGCUGCAGCAGGCACUGUCGUCGCAUUGAAGCGCCGCGCGCGGGAGCAUCUCUGGGCGAGCAGUGGCCGUGAGCGGCGCGCACGGGGCUUGAGGAAGCGGCGGAGCGGGUGAAUUGGACGGAAAGCUAGCGCGGGAGGUAUGGUGGCGGGGUUAGCGGAGUUCACCGGCGGCACCACGAUCUCGCCGGCAGCAAUGUCGCUGGCCCGAAACAUCUUCAGAGAAACCCUGUUCCCUGUAAUUUCUGCAGCUGCUGAACUCUUUAGCAUACAGUGACAGCGUACAUCUGUAUAUAUGAAGCAUUAUGGAACUGCUACAUUGCCCAUCAACUCUAUACUCCUCUGUUCAAUAUUUCAACAAACUGGUGCUGCUUUAGUUUGGCCUUCAUCUUUGCUCUUCUGCACAAUUGGAUUUUCUUGUGAAGCUCCCUUGCAGCUGAAAAGGGUACAUUCCACAUUGACUCGAGGACAACGACAAAUUGAUCAAACGUGUAAAGAUGUGAUGUAAAAUGAUGGAAGCUGUGCAAAAUAUUAAGUGGUAACUAAUGCAAAUAUAUUAUGCUGACAUAUUGAAGUCGAACUGCACGAAGAAAAAUGGCAGAAGUUGCUGUUCUUUUUGUCAUAAAGAAGAUAGGAAUAGCAGUGGCAUGUGAAACACUGAAGUUAGCUAAACCCUUGCUUGGAAAGAAUUCUGAGUUGCAAAUGGCACUUCCAGUUAACAUGAAACUGAUAAAAGACGAACUUGAGAUCAUCAAUGCAUUUCUUAAGGAAACUGGCAUGAAGGGUUGCAAUGGUGAAGUCAUGGAAACUUGGAUAAGGCAAGUCCGAAGGUUGGCUUAUGACAUGGAAGACAUCGUUGAUCAGUUUACGUAUCUUAUUAGUGAAUACCACCAGAGAGAGAAACGGGCUUCUGUGAAGAAAAUCUUUAAGAAACACCACUCUUUGUUUUCACUUGAUGAAAUUGCCAUCAAAGCAGAUAUAAUAAACAAAGAGGUCGUGGAACUUUCAAAAAGGCUAGGUCGUUGGGCCCAACCACUAUCUGGUGAAAAUUAUAAGGAAAAUUAUAUUCCAGCAGUAUACUAUGACAGCGAGCAGCAACUAUAUCAUCCUGGACGUGACCAUUCAAUCUCUGACAAUGAACUUGUAGGAAUUGACAAAAAUAGGGAAAUCUUGAUUAAUUCGUUGCAUCUCGAAGAUUCUUCUCUUCGGAUCAUUGCUGUUUGGGGUAUGGGUGGGCUCGGGAAAAGCACCCUUGUUAAUAAUGUCUACAAAAAUGAAGCAUUACUAUCCAAUUUUAAUUGCCACGCAUGGGUUUCUGUUUCUCAGUCAUGUAAAAUUACUGAUAUUUGGAGAAACAUGCUGAAAGAAAUCUACGGAAAUGACAAUAGAGCAUUUGAUGCUGCAAGUAUGAACAGUGCAGAACUAAGAGUGGAACUGGCCAAAAUUCUGGAUAAAAAGAGGUACUUUAUCAUAUUGGAUGAUGUUUGGACUGCCGAUGUCCUUUUUAAAAUUAGAGAGGUUCUUGUCGAUAAUGACCUGGGAAGCAGAGUAAUAAUCACAACAAGAAUAGAGGAAGUCGCUUCAAUAGCUGAGGAUGGUUGUAAAAUCAAGCUUGAGCCUCUAAAUGACCAUGAUGCAUGGCUUCUAUUUUGCAUGAAGGCAUUUCCAAAAACUAAGAAUCAUAUCUGCCCUCCGGAACUACAUCAGUGUGGUAAAGACAUAGUGGAAAAAUGUGAUGGUUUACCAUUAGCUCUUGUGGCGAUAGGGAGUUUAUUGACCCUGAAAAAGGAAAGUGUUAAAGAUUGGAGGGUGUUUUAUAAUCAACUUAUUUGGGAGCUACACAACAAUGAGAGCCUAAAUCACGUGGAGAAAAUUUUGAAUCUAAGCUAUAAAUACCUACCAGACUAUUUGAAGAAUUGUUUCCUUUACUUUGCUCUUUUUCCAGAAGACUAUCCAAUACUUAGAAAGCGAUUGAUUAGAUUGUGGAUCGCUGAAGGGUUUAUCGAACAAAAAGGAGCAUGCAGUUUAGAAGACGUUGCUGAAGCUUAUCUGGGAGAACUCGUCCAACGAAGUAUGCUCCAGGUUGUGAAGUGCAACAGUUUUGACAGGAUGCAAUAUCUCCGUAUGCAUGAUCUUGUGGGAUUGGAUUCCCGUCGUGUGUCGGUGGUCCAGUGCAACAAGGGCAUCCAAUCAAGAAUAUGUCCAUUGAGGCAUCGCACAUUCAUAUCAUUUGACACUAGUAUGGUAUUAUCAUCAUGGUAUUCUUUUAUUUUCUCGGGAUCCAAGUAUCUUACAGUACUAGACUUAUCCGGCUUGCCUAUCGAGGAUAUUCCUAAUUCAAUUGGGGAGCUAUUCAACCUUAGGUAUUUGUGCCUAGACGACACAAAUGUGAGUGAACUCCCUAAGUCUAUUACAAAGCUCCACAAUUUACAAACAUUGAGCCUUGAGCGCACAAAAGUACUGAAUUUUCCACAAGGGUUUUCAAAACUGAAGAAACUGCGUCACCUCCUUACAUGGAAAUUGCUAGAUGCAACGUAUAGAAGUUUCCAUAAUUGGGAAUCUAUGAAGCCAUUUGAGGGCUUGUGGGAUUUAAAGGAAUUGCAAUCUUUGAAUGAAGUCCGAGCAACUAAAAUCUUUGUUGCAAAACUAGGAGAUUUAUCCCAGCUGAGGUCUGUUUCCAUUACUUAUGUGAGAAGUAGCCAUUGUGCACAACUGUGCUACUCUUUAUCAAAGAUGCACCAGCUUUCAAAAUUACACAUAAGAGCCAUCAAUGAAGCUGAGCUCCUAUUGCUUGAAGAUUUGACUAUGAAAAACCCUCUUGAAAAGCUAGAAUUGGUAGGGCGGCUGUCUAAAGGAACUUUGGAAUCUCCAUUUUUCUCCACUCAUGGAAAUCAACUUCUGCAAAUGGAGUUAUCUUGGUGUCAGCUCAUAGAGAGUCCAGUAGAAGAACUUUCUGGAUUGUCAAAUUUAACUGAAUUACGUCUUACAAGAGCAUACACUGGCCAGCAGCUAAACUUUUGUGGAACGUGGUUCCAAAAACUUAAGAACAUUGUAUUGGCAGAUUUGCCAGAAGUUAAUCAAAUAUGCAUACAUGAGGGAGCUUUGUGCAGCCUUGAAUGUCUUCACAUGGACCGCCUCAAGGAAUUGCGGGACGUUCCCAUUGGUAUUGAAUUUCUCAAUUCUGUCAAAGAGGCGUACUUUACUAGGAUGCGUUCUGAUUUUGUGAGGAACGUUCAAAUGGGAAAGCUGAAUCUUAUUCCGAAGGUUUACUGGUCAACACAAGGUGAAUCCACAGGCGAAACAGAGCCUGAUAACCUGCCUGGACCAUCUAGCAGCACGCCACAGUGGAGACUUAUAGGCGUGUCAGGUUGGAUGGUCAUCUAACUUAGCAAAAUUGUUGCCAGUCUCCCGCUGAAUGAGCCAGAGUUGUGGAAAUGGAGACCCUGAAUUGAUGGUGUACUUCCACCUCUGUUUCUCGUUCAAGCUGCGGCUUCAUCAGAACCUUCGAUUCCUCCUGCAGUGACUUCACAAUGGUGGUAGCUUGUCUGGGGAUUUGUCUCAUUAAUUUCAGUGUUUGGCAAUCGGGAGUGAGGACUGUAAUCUUCUUCAGCAGGAGGCAGCUUUUCUCCACGGGCAUCUUGAUUAGAAGCAGCUUGCUGCUUGCCCAUCAUCAGAGAUAGAAACUUCUUAACUGGACCACUUCCUUGUUGCCUUCACUUGAUGUCCAUGUUUAUAGUUUACACUAACAUCUCUAUCGAUUUAGGAAAGGACAAGUAAGUUCUGGCUAGUCCAUAAAGUACACAAUGUUUGCUGGCCCAUGGUGUA